AAAAGACUUUAGCACACAAAAAGAAGGGAAGGGAAACCGAACACACUUCGCCGUUCAGGUCCAAUCGUCGUAGGACUUAAAAGGUAUUAUUAGGGUUCUCUUCCCCCCAAAUCGUGGCCAUUUCAUUUCACAACCACCCCUAAAACCUAAUGUUGUCUGCUCUCCGAUCUCGCUCCUCUUCUCUCCUCAAAUCGCCACCAUCAUCUUCACUUCUAGAUCAGUCAUGGAAGAAGCUGCUAGCUCUCUCCGCUUCGAAUCCUCCCUCCUUCUCUUCCUCUUCUUCCGCCGCCCGUGAUGUCUCAGAGGUUCUGUCCGUUCCCGAAGUGGAGAAGAUACUCUCCGACGUGAAGGCAGACAACGUGAUUGUGAUUCCGACGGAGAACCAGUCUUGCUGGGCCGACGUCACGAUCAUCGCCACGGGAAGAUCCGAUUGGCACCUCAAGAACAUCGCUCAGGCUCUCGUCUACAAGGCAAAGCAGAAGCAGAGAGGAGAGAAACAUGUGAUGCUUCCUUGUGUGCAAGGCUACGAUACCAAGUGGAUUGUCAUUGACUACGGAAAGUUUGUGGUACAUGCACUUGAUGAGAAGGCCAGGGUUUACUUCAAUUUGGAGAGUCUUUGGACUGGUGAACCUGCUUCAGCUAAUGAUAAUUCUGAUAAGGAUUUACAAAACGCUUUUGUUAAGGUCCGACCAAUUAACAACUCCAAAAAGAAGAAUCCGGCUAAACUGAGCUCUUAAUCCAGAAAAAAAAACAAAAAGCCACUGUUAUACUCCUAGAUGGGUUGAGGAUGGGUUUCUUUUUCUUCUAAAUUUUAUAAAAUAUUUGAUGGAGAAAACAUGGUGGAAUACAAAAACCGUUGGAAAGUAUUCCUACAAACAAA